GAGCGGCCGCCCAGAAAGAGAUCGAACUGACGCUUGCGCAGCUAAAGGAAGUUCUGUCCAAGAGCACCCGCGUCAAGCAGCUUGAGAGCAAACUCAUGGCACUGGAGAACAAGGUGUCCGAAUCGCGGAAGUCGAAGAACGACAGCUCGGAGGUCAGCGUUCGCUCCAGCAAGCUUGCCGAGCUUGAGGGCAAGGUCAACCACCUGACCAAGCAGCUCGAAAAUUCCAACCGACAACUUCAGGAGUCGCUCGAAACCAGCAUCCGCUCCGACAUCAGUGAGGACCUUCAGGCUGAACGCCGACGCGCCAGCGAGUGGCAGGACCGAUGCGAGAUGCUGCGGCAGUCGCUGGCAGAUCGCGAAACCUCAGCUUCACAGGACCUGCAGGAGACCCGGCAGCAGCUUCGCGAUACGGAGAACAAGGUGAAGCAGCUGAGCGCAGAGCUGGCAGGUGUGCGUGAGGCCAAUGCCGCACACCUGGCGCUGGGCUCCGAGACGGAGGUCCGGCAGCUGAAGCAACAGCUGCAGCAGCUCGAGGCCCACAUUUCUGCAGACUUCAAGGUGGAGGUGGAACUCCGCAAGGCGCGUGCAGCGGCUGCGGAGGCACAGUUGUCGGAGCUGGCCGGUGAGCUUAGCGACGCCAAAGCUGCUAGAACCCGGACGCUGUCCCAGUUUAAGGACAUCGACGCCGAGAUGGAGGGUGCCCGGAGGAGACUUGAGAAGGCGGAGCGGGAGAAAGCACGCGCCGAAGGCGAGCGCCGAGAGGCGGAAGAUCGUGCUUUGGGGCUCCGGGACGAGUGCAAGCGUUUGAAGAAGGAGCUGCAUGACACCAAGCACACGAUGCGUGCCAUCGACAGUCCCAAGAGGGCAGGCACCAUCUGCGCCACUGCGCGUGCGGAUGCGCUGAUGGAGGCAGGUGCGCACUUUGCUUCCCUGACGGACCUCAGCACCUCCACGGGUGAGGUCGAUGACUACACGCAUGCCGCACGCAAGCCAGCCACGCUCACGCGGCAUGGCAGCAUGGGUGCCAUCUCGGCAUCUGAAGCCAAAGCGGAGCGAGCAGCAGGUGCCCUCGACGAAGCCAGAAGGGAACUAAAGCGGCAGCAGAAGGAUGCCUUCCGAAGCGGGAGGCUUGCGACGAGAACUUGCAGUCGCGGUGGCAACGGCGUUGGCAGCCAAGGCAGGCUUUUGAUAUCGAUGAAGUUUGCAUAUGCCGAUGAAACUGCCAUCUUCACCGGCAUUGCGGAAAGAGGAGAGCAGAUCGUGCACACAUUGCAGGAAAUUGCAGCUCACAGCAACCUCACUCUCAACUACGAGAAGUCAGUGCUGCUCCGCUCACAGGCAGCACGCAGCCAUAUACACCUCUUCAAAGGUGACAGGAACAAGCAGGUUACGCAGGCCAAGUACCUGGGAGUCAUGUUAAGCUCUGACUCCUCCGCAAGACAGACAUCACCACCUGGCUUCGAAAGGAUUUGCAAUGCAGUGUUCGUUCCGAUGCGUGCCUAUGGCAUGGAAUCAGCCGCGCUCACAAACAGCCGAACGAAGGCGUCCGUGCUCUUGCCGACCAACCUCCGCUCACACACCACAUCCACAGGGCACAACUUAAGCUAUUUGGUCAAGUUUGAGCCGGGUCGCCGUCGAGUACGCUGGGCGGAGCAGUGCUUUGACCUGGCGUGGCAUGGGCUCUCAAAGACUUCACAGGCUGGGGGGGACUCUCCUCCUCCGCGGCGGCGCUCCGGUGUGCGUUUGCGUAUCGAGCAGGAAGCCGCGGAGCGGCUUUCCCUUGGCCUGGGCGCAGGUAGUUCAGCUGCAAAGUUCCUACUGUACGGUAGGUCGAAUUGCUGCCUGAGGGUGGCGAAUGACUGGCGUGCAAAAGCCGUUCUUUCUUUAUGCGGAGAUGCAGGCGCAGCAGCUUUGCCCGGCUAUGCCCUUUCCAAACGUGGACUUUCAGAUGCCGAAGUUGUUCGCGAGCUUCAUGUCCAAGCAUGUGAGUUAGACUGGGGCAAAUGCACCCAGUCGUUGUUUGUGCGCAAGCUAAGCAUUCCCUGGAACAAUCCCAGGCGAGAUGGCCUCGUAUCCCCGGUCAAUGGCACCGGCUGCCGCCCGGACCCCACUGGGGGCCAGCUGAAGAAAGUCGGUGAGCUGAAUCUGGGGCUCAUGAGCCGCUUGGCGCAUCGAGUGCAACCCUUGAAGCCGUUCGAGAUUCGAGGCUCUACGACCACAGCCGCUCCUUCCUCUCCCGACGACGCCAACUCCACACCCAUCUUGUUCUGUCCGGAGCGCCGACCGAUGCCCGGCAGUGCCUCAAGCUCUCUCUCGGCCCCGCCUACAGACGUCAAGCUGAACACAGCGGCUGAGGCGGCUGCGAUCCGGCUGAGGUUUGAAGCUCCACAGGCCACUUGCGAGGCAGACAUUCGACCAGGCGCCUUGAGCUUUCAUUCACAUGCGCGCCUCCUGGCGACACAGGGCGGAAGCCGACAAAGGGCGAGGCGCAAGGCCCAAGGCAUUGCAAGCUCGGCGCCAGGCCGCGCUCGGUCCCCUGACGCCGUGCUGUUGGGCCGGCCUGUGCCUAGCACCGGUGGUGUGCGAACGCCGGUGCAAGGCGGGACGAAGAUGGCUCCGCAGGCUGGGCGCUUCCUGAAGUGGAAGGCGCCCGGAGCCCGCUUCAGCCGCACAAGGAGGUGUGCUCUGCCUUCACCUGCCACAGUGACAAGUGAGUCACAAUGGAAGCCCAAUCUCCGGCUACGACCAGAAAAGGGAGAUGUGUGGGAGGGGGUCGAAAUUGUGGACCAAAAGGUGGGUGGGUGUCAGUGUCACUGGACUUUCGCAGCAGUGAGGUGCGGACCUGACUCCGCCAUCCCCGACACCGACAGGGAGCCCGGCACUGGUGAAGAGCAAGACCGGCCUGAAUGCAAGGUGCCUCAGUGUGAAGAUGGGCUCCAGAAAUUCCUUGAUGUCAUGCACAAGUUGCGCGUGCCAAGCCCGGUGCUGGGGCACCGCCUGGUUGCACCGGGAUCCGAAAAAGGCAGCGUGGGCCAGGGUGCCAGUCUUGACGCGAAGAAAGAAACCGGAGCUGCUCCCCAGAAGGCGGUCACCUGCCUGGGCAGCCGCCCGACAGCAGAAAUUUCAGUCUUGCAGACCAGUGCUCCACCGUCGCCACAGCUUCCGAGCCGCACAGUGGGGGUGGCCUGGCUACAGAAGCUAUUCCUUGACAGCACAUGGGCUGAUGCUGUGGGGGUAGCGAAUGGCUGCAUGCGUUGCCACAGCGCAGUACGCUUGAAAAAGAGGCGGCUUGCCGACUCCGAGUUCAUAGCCCGACGUGCAGUGAGGGCGAGGAAGCCCUCCACAAACUGCACGGUGCCCUUGGCGCGCACAGGGGCCAUGGAGAGUAGUGCCAGCUUGAUCAAAGAUGCCCUGGAGAGCAAGCAGAAGCUGCAGAAGUAUGCCAAGUCCUGCUUCCAAGCGUCAGACGCCAAUGGCGACGGCCAAGUGAGUUUCGAGGAGCUUUGCAAGUGCAUGCAGAAGAUGAACGCAGAUCUCGGCAUCGGGGAUUUCACGGAGCGGCACGUGAUGCACUACCUCCAGAGAUUCGACACCGACGGCGACGAGCUGCUAAAUGAGAAAGAGUUCCAAGAGCUCUACAGGGCCCUGCUUCUGGUGAAGCUGGAGGAUCUUGCCGGGGCUUUGCAGCCGGAAAGCACAGCCAUGGAGGUGGAGCCUGCCGACUUCUCGCGGGAUAUGUUUAUUGGCCGACGGAAGGGGAAGCCGGAGGACAACUACGAGGUCUUCGGCAUCGUGGGGGUCGGCUCUUUCGGAGUGGUCCGGAAAGUCAAGUGCAAGCUUACCGGCACCACUCGCGUGAUGAAGGUGGUCGACAAGCAGAAGGCACUCAAUGGAGGCUAUCCUCUGAAGCUCAUCAUGGAGGCGCGGAGAUCGACAAGCUCCGGGCUCUUGACCACCCGUCGGUGCUGCGGCUCUUCGAACCUCUUGCCAGAAACGGUCUUGCUGUGCUGUCUUCUCUAG